CCCGGGCAUAUCUGUCAGCUAAGAAACUACGUUUCCCACAUUGCGCUAUGAGGGUGUGAGCCCGCUGUUUUGGUGGUCCCAAAUGUAGCCCCGCGAUUGAAGGCUACUAGUUGGUUGUCACUAGUUACCACCACCACAAAGUCAAAAUUAUGUCUAAACCCCGCCUAUUAAAAAAAAAAUAUAUCUUCCUAAAAUGAUUUUAAAAUAUCCAUAACCACACUGUUAACCUUAUGCCAAACCCUAACCACAAAUUAAGACAAAAAAUAUAUAUAUAUUUUUUUGAUGACUUUUUACGACAUAUCCAAUUUUUACGUUGUGGCUGUGGUAACUAGUCCCAACCUCUACUAACUAGUUUACCAUAAUAAAGACAACUUGAGUGCCAAGAUAGGACAAGGCUGGUAAGGAUGGAAUCCACAGACCAGAGCUCAGAUAGAGGCCCUUUUGCUGGAUGGGCAAGUUGAGGAGCUGAGGCGUAGGCUCUGCUCCAGGAUGGCGUUUGGGACGGCAGGGCUGAGGGCAGCCAUGGGUGCAGGCUUUGCCCUCAUUAAUGAUCUGACCAUCAUCCAGUCCACACAGGGUAUGUACAAAUACCUGGCCAGGUCUUUCCCUGACUUCGGUAGCCGUGGCAUAGUGGUUGGAUACGACACGCGAGCGCAGGAGGCCAGUGGUUGCAACAGUGAACGACUUGCCCGGUUGACUGCAGCUGUGAUGCUUUGUAAAGAUAUUCCUGUGUUUCUUUUCUCCACAUAUGUCCCAACUCCCUUUGUGCCAUAUGCUGUAAAGAGGCUGGGCGCUGCAGCUGGUGUGAUGGUCACUGCCUCUCACAACCCUAAAGAGGACAAUGGAUACAAGGUAUACUGGCACAAUGGAGCUCAAAUCUCUUCUCCUAACGACAAGGAGAUCCUGAAGUGCAUUGAGGAGAGCUCAGAGCCAUGGAGCGAGUCCUGGAACGAGAGUUUGGCAGACAACAGUCCACUGAGGAGCGAUCCACUGAGGGAGAUAUCCAAAAAGUAUAUGGAGGACCUCAGCUCUGUUUGUUUCCAUAGAGAACUCAACACCAAGUCCCCGUUGAAGUUUGUGCACUCGUCCUUUCACGGAGUAGGGCAUGACUACGUCCAGCAGGCUUUCCGGGCAUUUGGGUUCCCCCCUCCUAUCCCUGUGCCAGAACAGAAAGAUCCUGAUCCAAACUUCUCCACUGUCAGCUGUCCAAAUCCAGAGGAAGGAGAGUCUGUUUUGGAGCUCUCCCUUCGCCUUGCUGAGAGAGAGAAUGCCACGAUUGUCAUGGCAACUGAUCCAGAUGCAGAUCGGUUGGCUGUUGCAGAGCAAUCUGACAGGUGCCGAUGGAAAGUUUUCACAGGUAAUGAACUUGCAGCUCUGCUGGGCUGGUGGAUGCUGUUCAAUUGGAAGGAGACUCACCCAGACCCGGCUGAUAGGGAGAGGAUGUACAUGCUGGCCACCACCGUCUCCUCCAAGAUCCUCAAGGCCUUUGCACGGAUAGAGGGCUUCCAUUUUGAAGAAACAUUGCCUGGUUUCAAAUGGAUCGGAAAGAAAAUACACGAGUUGGCAAAAACGGGGAAUGAAGUGAUCUUCGCCUUUGAGGAGUCUAUAGGAUUCCUGUGCGGCAGCAUGGUCCCAGAUAAGGAUGGAGUGAGUGCAGCUGUGGUUGUGGCUGAGAUGGCCUCUUAUCUUUACAACAAGAACCUGACCCUUCAUCAGCAGCUAGAGAACAUCUUUGAAACUUACGGUUAUCACAUUUCCACAACGUCAUAUGUCAUCUGCCACGACCCCCCUACUGUCAAGAGAAUAUUCACACGUCUUCGGAACUUUGAGGGCGAGAACACUUACCCCAGAUCCUCGGGUGGACACAGCAUUGUGGACGUGAGAGAUGUGACUACAGGAUAUGAUAGUAGUCAACCUGACAAACUUUGUGUGCUACCUAUGACAAAGAGCAGCCAAAUGAUCACCUUCACUCUGCAGAAUGGGAUCGUGGCCACACUAAGGACCAGUGGCACAGAGCCAAAGAUUAAGUUCUACACAGAAUUCUGUGCACCACCUGGAAAAAGUGACAUCUCAAGUCUUGAGGAGGAACUUAAGAAAGUAACAGAUACUCUCGUCGAGGAGUUUCUGGAGCCUGAUAAGAACAACUUGAUUCGCCGAUCAAUCUAGUUGGGCUUUUCAUCUCUAUACAGAUGCAUCGGUCAUAUUGUACUAUCCUGCUUAUGUUCUAUUAAUGUUUUUCCUAACUGUGAAACCAAAAUGUACUUUAGACUAUUGCUUGUCUGGGUUUUUUCAUUUGGUGUGCAAGGUGGGUUACGUGGAUUAAUAUGCAGGAGUAGAAUUUGUAAACCAGAAUCUGUUUUUGUCACAUGAGGAUUUUCCAUUUAUCUCAAAUAAGUAGCCUAAGGUAUACACCAGGACAGUCUGCCGUUCCAUGAGACAAAAUCGCAAUGAGGUGAGAUGACAUGCAGCCCCCAGACAAGGUUUACUCAUGAAAAUGCCUCUUCUCCAUUGUAGUGCACAUACCCAUACCACUAGUCCUUUUGUUCCUAGUAGGCUGUGCUAAUAGGCACACCUAAUAGAUGUGUAUGUGGUAUAUGAACAGUACCUCUCACUUGUCGCAUGCUGCUUCUAAUCUAUGUACAGUUGAUAAACUGUACCCAAAGGCUAAGUAUUGUAAGGUAUGACAUUGCACAUGUAGGUAAUGCAAAUGCCACUCCUGCCUCCCCAUCUGUUACAUUGCAUCAGUGAGCGUUACAGCUUCAAUCAUUUCAUAGUCUUAACACCUGUACUCUGUAAGUACCCAUAUCAAAAUGGUCAUCCAGAAAGGAAGAAAUACACUACGUGGCCAAAAGUAUGUGGACACCCCAGCAGUGUAGCCUAGUGGUUAGAGCAUUGGACUAGUAACCGAAAGGUUGCAAGUUCAAAUCCCCGAGCUGACAAGGUACAAAAUCUGUCGUUCUGCCCUUGAACAGGCAGUUAACCCACUGUUCCUAGGCCGUCAUUGAAAAUAAGAAUUUGUUCUUAACUGACUUGCCUAGUAAAAUAAAGGUAAAAAAAAAAAAAAAUGUUGGCUAUUUCUGCCACACCCGUUGCUGACAGGUGUAUAAAAUGGAGCACACAGCCAUGCAAUCUCCAUAGACAAAUAUUGGCAGUAGAAUGGCCCAUAUUGAAGAGCGUCGACUAGAGUGGUGUAAAGCUCACCGCCAUUGGACUCUGGAGCAGUGGAAACGCAUUCUCUGGAGUCAUGAAUCACACUUCACCAUCUGUCAGUGUGACGAACAAAUCUGGGUUUGGCGGCUACCAGCAGAAAGCUCCCUGCCUAAGUUUGGCGGUGGAGGAAUAAUGGUUUGGGGGGCUGCUUUUCAUGGUUCGGGCUAGGCCCCUUAGUUCCAGUGCAUUAUUAGCCCUAUGUUCACCUGAAUGCCAAAGUCUGUUUAUUUGUUGCUUUCUAGCUAAACAAGUCACCUGUUAUGCACAUUUUGUCAUUUCAGUUUUGACAUUUAUUUUUUCCUCAUUUAGGAGACUUUGUAGUCACAGCAAUAUGUUUUAACUACUGUGUUAUUUUUUUGAAAGGGGAAUUCACAUAUAACAAAUUUACGUAUUAGACCAACAAUUGUAAUUGUAACCCUUAAAUUUAAAAAAUGUAGUGCCGUGGAAUUCCAAAGUCUUUACUGCAACUGUCAUUUUGAAAAUGACCAUGUUCGUCAUUUUUUGGUUUCAGGUAAAAAAAAUUAUAUGAAAUGUUUUACUGUGUCUGUAAAAUGUUGUGCAGAUGAGUAGUUGACUACCUUGAAUUUCAAAAUAUUAGCUUGUAUGUAUUGUCAACCUAAAAAGGAUGAAAGUUGUAUUACUUAAAGGAAAACUCCACCCCAAAACUAUAAUUGUAUUUGUUUAAUUUGUCCAUUGUUGAUAUGUUGCAUGUAAUCAAUUAAAUUGGACUAAUGAAACAAACUCAAAUAAAAUCUAAUUUUAUUUGUCACAUGCACCGAAUGCUUAAAUGUUCCUUUAAGCAAAUGUUUGUAAAACAAUUGUUGUGCAAUAUUUAUUUCAUUUUUUUAUUUUUAUUAUGUAACUGUUUUACUCUGUUCUCCAGACCCACCUAAACUUAAAUUAUUUAAUUUGAGUACAUUUAUAUAUAUUUUUAUGCAACACAUUUAGCCAAUGCCUGUAAUAUCAAUGAUUCAAUACCAUAACCUGUACGAAUUAAUAUUGUACAUAUUUAAGAUAUCGGAUAGCAAUCCCAAAGUAAAGACAUUCUAUUGAAUUGUCAGAAUAUGAAUAUAGAGCAUAUAUUUUCAAUUGGAGGAUAAGAAAAAUGCUUGACAUUUUUGGUGAGAUGAAAUGUUAGUUCAAUGUUCAAGACUUCUGUUAAGUAUUUGUUUCUUGUUUCUGAAAUUAUAUCAGGAUUCCAAUCCAAAUGUGUACAUUGACACAUCUCCUUGUUACAUGCGUAUGCUUGUUAUUCCACCAAUAAACUCUGGUUUGCCUAAAAA